UCCGGUCCUGCGCCGUUUCUGGAGCGGAUUGGAACCCGGAGUCAGGAUUUGGUAAAUGAAGGGGUUUUGCAGAAAAGGCUGGCAUAAUGGCUGAAAACACACCAGAUGAGUUCAUCUGGUGCGAGGACUGUGGCCAGUACCAUGACUCUGAGUGUCCUGAACUUGGGCCGGUGGUGACCGUCCGGGACUCCUUCGUUCUCAGCCGAGCUCGGUCGUCUCUUCCGGACAGUCUGGAGAUCAGAGAGGUGGGAAAUGGCAAGGAGGGGGUGUUUGUCCUGCACCGGCUGGUCAAGAGGACCCGGUUUGGGCCCUUUGAAGCAAAGAGGGUCUCCCACCUGGAGAAGGAAGGAGUGUUCCCUUUGAAGAUCUUCAAGAAGGACGGCGUGGUGGUGUGUUUUGACUCCAGCAGUGAGGAGGACUGCAACUGGAUGAUGCUGGUCCGACCUGCCGCUGACCACAAACACCAAAAUCUGACGGCUUACCAGCAGGAUGAUGACGUCUACUUCAACACCUCCCAGGAUGUGCUGCCAGGAACAGAGCUGAGAGUCUGGUACGGAGCGUUCUAUGCCAAGAAGAUGGAGAAACCCAUGCUGAAGCCUCCUCUUCAGCCACCACUGCCUCCACCAGAUGCGACAGCUCCAUCUGCUAAAUCUGAGGUCUCAGAGAAAAGUGGAGUCCACAUGCCUCCAGUGGCUGAAGACAACAGCACAGGCAACAUGCUGAGCCACCUCAAUGAGGUAAAGACGGUAACGGUGCUUCCCGUAGAGCCACUCCUGCCUCAGGGGGAAAGCCUGGUUGGUCCUGAUGAGGAGGAAGGCAGCUCCCCUGCAGCUCAGCCCAGCCCCAAGAGGGGGCCGAGCCGAGGGAGGAGAGCUAAGGGACGCAGGCCGAGUGCUACAGCUGCAGCAAGCAAAAACAGAGAUGUGAAGCCCCCACUGGUGAGCUCAGAGCCUGUAGCUACAGAGGCAGCAGCAGAGAACAGCAGCCCACUCAUCACUCCACCAGACAGCGGGGCUGUCCUGAAGAGGCAUCGAGCAAGAGAGCACAAGAGGGUUUACUGCUGCUCUCUCUGCAACAAGGUCUUCCAGAACAGCAGCAACCUCAACAGACACAUCCGAUCUCAUGGUGAUAAGCUGUUCAAGUGCGACGAAUGUGACAAGUUGUUCAGCCGUAAGGAGAGCCUGAAGCAGCACAUCUCAUACAAGCACAGCAAGAACGUGCCUGACCAAGAGUACAAAUAUAAAUGCAACACAUGUGAGAAGUCUUUUCGCCUAGAAAAUGCCUUAAAGUUCCACAACUGCCGUACAGACGACAAGACGUUCCAGUGUGAUAUCUGCUCGCGAUUCUUCUCCACCAACAGCAACCUCUCCAAGCACAAGAAGAAGCACGGCGAGAAGCUCUAUUCCUGUGAAAUCUGCAACAAGAUGUUCUACCGCAAAGACGUGAUGCAGGAACACCAUAGGAGGCAUGGUUUGGGACCAAAGCACAUGAAGAGAGAGGAGCUGGAGGCCAAUGGAGAGGAAGGGACCAAGUACAGGAAGGAGCCAUCACCCUGUCCUAUUUGCGGCAAGGUGUUCUCCUGCAGGAGUAAUAUGAACAAGCAUCUGCUGACUCACGGUGACAAGAAGUACACUUGUGAGAUCUGCGGCCGCAGGUUCUUCCGUGUAGAUGUCCUCCGAGAUCACAUUCACGUGCACUUCAAGGACAUAGCCUUAAUGGAUGAGCAGGAGAGGGAAGACUUCAUCAAGAAGAUCGGCAUCUCAGCAGGCGACAGUGACGAAACGGACGAGGACGAUGAGGAAGAUGACCCUGAGCACCACAGAUACAACUGCAAGAAAUGCCAACUGUCAUUUGCAAAAGGAAAAGAGUACCUGAAGCACAUCAUGGAGCAGCACAAGGAGAGAGGCUACGGCUGCGGGAUCUGUAACCGGCGCUUUGCACUCAAAGCCACCUACAACGCUCACCUGGUCAUCCACAGAGAGCAGCUGCCUGACCCUGCAGUGCAGAAGUACAUCCAUCCAUGUGAGAUUUGUGGCCGAAUCUUCAAUAGUAUCGGUAAUCUGGAAAGGCACAAGAUCAUCCACACUGGGGUGAAGAGCCACGGCUGCGAUAAGUGCGGCAAAUCAUUUGCAAGGAAGGACAUGCUGAAGGAGCACCUCAGGGUGCACGACGACAACCGAGACUACCUGUGUGCAGAGUGCGGGAAAGGCAUGAAGACCAAACAUGCUCUGAGGCACCACAUGAAGCUCCACAAGGGCAUCAAAGAGUACGAGUGUAAGGAGUGCAACCGCAAGUUCGCCCAAAAGGUCAACAUGCUGAAACACUACAAGAGACACACAGGUAUAAAGGACUUCAUGUGCGAGUUGUGUGGAAAGACUUUCAGUGAGAGGACCACAUUAGAGACUCACAAGCUCAUCCACACAGUGGGUAAGACAUGGACAUGUGCAACAUGUGAUAAGAAAUAUCUGACAGAGUAUAUGCUGCAGAAGCACGUCCACCUGACCCACGAAAAGGUCGAGGCCCAGUCGUGUCACCUCUGUGGGACCAAGGUGUCCACCCGCGCUUCUAUGAACCGGCACUUGAGACGCAAACAUCCUGAAGUGGUGUCUGUGAGAAUUGAUGAGUUUGAUGAUCUUCAGGAAAAUCUAUCAAUGAAUGAUUCUUCUAUCAGCAUUGUGCAGCCCUCUCUGACCAUGGAAAAAGACGGUAUGUCUCAGGAGCGGCCCAGCCGACCUUCCCGGCACCCCAAGAAGAAGCAGAGAAGCUCGGCUGAGCCGGAGCUCUCAGAGUCCGACGAAUAUGUCGAUUUCACUGAGCCGAGGCACGAAGCCAUGUCAGAAUUCAACGCCGUCAUUGUCGGUGAUGAGACUGAGACGAGCUCUGCUGUACAGAGCAUCCAGCAGGUGGUGGUUCUGACUGACCCCAGUGCUCCAUCAGCCUCUUCCCCCAAUAGCUCAGUGGGACUGACUAACAUCACUGUCACACCCAUCACCAGCCACGCCCCCGCCCAGUUCACCAGCCUGCAGCCUGUCGCUGUGGGUCACCUGACAGCCAGCGACCGGCCACUCACAUUGGACAACUCCAUCCUCACGGUCACCUUUGAUACGGUCAGUGGCUCUGCCAUGCUCCACAACCGCCCUGCAGAACUCAUUCCAGAGACUGUAGGUCCUGCUGGAAGUGGGGCCCCCCAGUCUGUCGCCCACUUCAUCAACCUUGCCACUCUGGUCAACCCCAUGGGCCACCAGCUGGAGGCCCCGACUCUGGCGUGGAGGCCUGUACCUGCAGCUGAGGGCAGCCAGGUCACUCCAGUAGUGGAGGGUGCUCAGGGAGAGAGUCAGGAGGCCCAGAGCCAGGGACCAGAUCCAGGCCGGCCCAACCAGAGCCAGCCGCCCCCCCCUCAGCAGCAAAGCAGCUCCACUCAACAGAUGUUCAGCUACUGAGCAGACACUAGGGGUGCGGGUCGCCUCACACAGAUACUGUUACAUAGUAGAGUAGAUUUUUAACAAACUGUACAAAGUUUUGAGCACUGUCACCCAGAUGCCUCUCCAGCCCCAUGGAAGCAAAUGGUAUUGUAAUAUUUCUUUUCUUUUUUAUAUUGACAAAACAAAUUGACAGUUUAUGAAUCUGCUUUUGUGCCACAAUCACAGAUAUUUGAAACCAAAGCAACUGUUGAAUAUUCAAAUGCCUUACCAGCCUUGUUGGGGGGGAAAUGCAUGUUUUCAACAUAAAUCUGCUGCUUGGACAGUGAGAUACGAAAAUGUACCAACCUGAAAAGCAGAUGAACUUUAUUACAAAUAAAGUGAAAAUACUUUCACCAGAUUAUAUAAUACAUGGCAUUUGGUAUAUUCCCAAAAACAGCUGACUGCUGACAUGGAUUUCUGAAUGCUGUAACCUGUAAUUAUUGUCUGAAAUAAAUAUUGGCAGCCAUUUUUAAAUGA